AUGUAUAGAUUUGGUGAUGUCUUUAAGAAAGUAGCAGCUAGUAAACCACGUACCUAUGAUGGAAAGGAAGACCCUGCAAGUCUAGAAAACUGGCUUAGAGAAUUUGACAAACUGUUUGAUGCUAUCAAUUGCCCUGAAGACCUAAAAAUCAAUAAUGUUGUGUACUAUCUAAGGGAAGAAGCUAAUCUAUGGUGGUCACAACGAAAGAAAGACUUAAUGAUCAAACCUGAUUUUGAUUGGGAAGCCAUGAAAGAAGCCUUAAGAGCUAAGUUUUACCCUCCCUAUCUAAAGAAGCAGAAAUGCCUAGAAUAUACAAACCUUAUAAUGGGGACCAUGACUGUGAAUGAGUAUUACACCAAGUUCAUAGAGCUAAUGAGGUUUGCACCUGAAAUAGUCCCAACUGAAGCCAUAAAAGCUCAAAGGUUUGAGCAAGGGUUAACUUUGAAAUUGCAAGGGAAGCUUGGGGGAGUUAACUUUGAAUCCUUAGAUGAUGUUUAUGGACGUGCAGCUCACCUGUAUGGGAUUAAAGGAAGAGAGCUUGAUGGAAAUUCUGGUGAAAAGAGGAAAGGAAAUGGAAACUUCCAAGGGAAUGAGAAGAAACCUAAGCUGGAUGGGGGAAAAGAUUGUGAGGGAAACCUAGUUACUUGUUAUUUCUGUAAGAAGCAAGGGAAUCGUGAGUUUGAAUGCUACAAGAAAGCAUUUGAGGAAUCAACAUAUAACCUAGGCCAUAAUGGGAAAAAUUCACACUCAAAUCAACAAGGAUUAAGCCAGCAGGAUGGAAUCAACAACACCAAACCUGGAGGUGGGAAUAACGCCACCCAAUUGAAGGGACAAUUGUUCGUUAUGAAUCAUCGUGAAGCUGAAAACGCGUAUGAAGUAGAAGCUGGUACUUUUUCUAUUUAUGAUCUACUUGCUAGCUAA